AUGGACGGCCACGGUCACUGCCAAGAGAACCAACAGCAGCAGCAGCGCCAGGACGGCGCGGUUUCACCUGAGUCUCAAUCGCCCGCCCUUUCUUUCGGUGGACUGUCGUAUGAAGAAUGCAGGAGCGUGUUCUUCUCACCCAAUGCCCGUAGCUCUACCGACCCUCAUCUGCCAUCUUUCUGGCUCCCUCCUACCACCCACCACACUGCUGUCCUCACUUCCACUGCCGCCUCCAAUGCUCCCUUCUCCAGGUCGCCUUUCUCCGCUGCCACUUCUCCCCCCAAAGUUGCUGCUCUCCCAAAUUUCAUUCCUGUUCCCAAUACCGCCGCUCUCUCAAAUGACUCUGUGGCGACCAACACAGCGACAUACGCCAGAGCAGCAGCGCUCAGCCUUCCCAUGAAGAGAGCACGGGAGGAGAUGAGCUCUCUCACGGCCAACCAGCCCCUCCUGUCGAAUGCCUCCCGGGAUGAGCUUGGGCUGCCUCGUCGUGUGCCACAGCGGCCUCAGUCUCUAAGGGAGCUGCUUCAGCUGCGCGGCGAGAGGUGCCGGCAGCACCAAGCUCUGUGGCCUGCCGUGGGGUCGGAGAGAGCCUGGUUUGCCCAUCUGCUGCUGGAGGAGCGUCGCCACCAGCAAGGGGAGAAUGGCGCGGUGCAGCGGGUGUUGUGGCCGCGCGUUGGGUCGGAGAGUGCCCUUCCAGACGACGUGCUGCUGGGGUGCAGCAGCGACGACCCCGCCUUCAUCCAGCGCUCUGCUCUGUCUGCUCCUCCGCCCACCCAGCCACACGCAGCGCUGCCAGCGCCAAUGCCCUCCCAACUCGCUGCCGGGCCUUAUUCUGCUCCGUGCAUUGAUGAUUCCAAGCCCUGCAUUGGCGAUUCCAAGCCCUGCUGUGGGGAUGUGGCUCCGUGCGUUGAAGAUGCGCCCCCUGCUGAUGCCCGUGCUGCUGUACAGCAGCUGGCCCAGUCCGUCGACUCCUGCACCCAGGAGCACGGCAACAGCUACGCGCAUGACAGCAAGAGCGAUGUGCAUGCACACGGCAGCAGUAACCACGACAUCCCAGUGCAGGGCAGCAAUGUGCCCUACGGUAGGAGCGAGAGCCUCUUUCUCGACGCGCCCGUCUCCCACCUGUGCCUCGCUGAGCCUGGCCCCUCCGUGCCGCGGGCAGGUGGGAGCCUGGCACCCCCAGAAGGUGGGGUGGGUCUGCCAGAGCGGGUGGUGGAGCAGCGAGGCACCCUCGAGGGAGGUCCUGAUGUGAUUGCCUCGCCAAGCCUCAUGAAGCCAGCGGUUGAUCCUUGUUUUAAUGUGGGUGAUGCCCUGGGAGGUGAAUCUGCUUCCUGGGAGAGCUCCUUCCCUCCCGGGCUCAACUCAGAUGUGCCUUCUGCAAGCAGUCUGCUUGGGCUUGGAGAAACAGCUGAUUUGAAGGUGGAGGACGGCUGGAGAAUGGACAUGCCUGGUGUCAACUCUGUCCACUCGCAGCGCUGCCUGGGUCAGUGCCCUCACCACUCUCUGCUCUGCCUGGCUCCGCUAUGGGCUGCACAAGCCGGCCGAGGGACCUGCCACCCCUGGUGCUGCUGGGACAACAGUGUGACAGAGUGCGCGGUUGAGCAGGGAGAAGCUGGGGAGGGAGGUGCUGAGCGGCACACGCAGCAGAAAUUUCCCACCCAGGAGGGCAUGCAUGCGCAGGGGAAGGCCUGUCAGUGCUUAGAGCUUCAGCGCAUGCUGUCGCUGUUGCCACACACACCAGCCACAGUUGCAUUCACAGCCGCCGCCACAGGAACUCCCACAGCUACCAGCACAACCGUCUUUGCUGUCUCCUUCCGCCACCAAUGCACUGAACGCGCCCUUGAACGCAAGGGGGCCACAAAUGCACGCUCCCUUACAACCGCGCACUGCCAUGCUGCAGAGCCCUUCUUCCCGGGUGCUCUGUCAGCUUUGUGCAACCCCAUGCUCCCUUCGUGGCCUGACGUGGCCGUUACAUCAGGAGGUGAUGGGAUGCCCUGA